AUGCAUUCUGAUCACAAUGAGUUCUUCCCUCCGUCCCCAUCUGGGCAGCCUCUGCCUGCACAGCAAUCAGUAAACCGACAUGAAAGAGGAUCAGAUCUUAAGUUGCCCCAAACUCGCAGGACCAACCCCUUCACCUGGUUCACGGGAGUCUGUUGUGCCAUAUUCUGGGUUAUAAUCAUACUCGCAGGCUUAGUCGUUCUGGUUAUCUACCUCUCAUUCAAGCCUCGAAUCCCCCGUUUUGAUGUCUCAAGCGUCACCCUCAAUGCAGCUUCCAUCGACACCUACUCUCUGCUAAACGCUGAUCUCACCCUCCUCACCAAUUUCACCAAUCCAAACAAGAAGGUAAGCGUGGACUUCAAUUACAUGGUCCUUCAGCUCUAUUACGAGAACACCCUAAUCGCCACUCGAGCCAUCGAUCCUUUCUCCGCGGCAAGGACAGAGACAAGGUUCCACGCCGUGGAGAUGAUCUCUAGCCAAGUUGCUCUGCCCAUGCAAGUCACGCAGAAGCUGAGGAAUCAGCUUGGAGGGAAUGGAGUCAUCUUCCACCUCAAGGGCUCAUUUCGAACUCGAUCUAAUUUCGGGAGUCUCUUUCAUUAUUCGUAUUGGCUAUAUAUUGAUUGCGACUUCGUUAUGACAAGGCCUCCAAUUGGGGUUUUGGUAGCACACAAAUGCAUAACCAAGCUUUAAUAUCAAACCCAGACAACAUUUUUAUUUAAUUUGUUUCCAACAGAUUCAUAAUUUUUUUUUUAUCAUUCCAUAACA